GUUUUUCUAGCUUUAAGGAGAUUGAAAGGGAACUGGAAUAGGAUAAGAUGACAUUUGAGACACAACUUAUCAUUAGUUUUGCUAAUUCCAGAAUGGUGACUUCAGUCAAGUCUCAUAUUGAUUUUGCUAUAUCAAAAGCUUUGCUAAAAUGAAAAUGGUGUCCAGUUAACAUUAGUUUUCUUUGCAUGUAUUCAAGAUAUUUAUCAUGAGGAACAAUAAGUUUUCCAGCGUGAAGCUGGUUAGAGCUUUUUUUUUUUUUUUUUCUGAGCAACAGCUGGUUAGAGAUUUCUAAAUCUCAUGAUAUUUCUUUACUCACAAUAUAAGGGAACAAUGGGGUUUUGCUUCACCUUUUCUUCUCUAUUGUAGUUUGCAUAGAUAAAUAUGCAGAGACGGCGGUGACGAAAAUACUAAUCAAGCUGAAGCCUUGCAAUCUGAUUAUGUAUUUGACUAAACUUCAGGGUACGUUUAUAUAUACCUUUAUCUCUAUCUCUAUUGCAUUGGACUACAAUAAACGAGGUCAACCUUUUCCACUUGAGUUAAUGACGACUGAUUACCACCGCCUGGUCGAUGCUCCCUUCCAUUUGAACUUAAUCGUUCCAAAGGAAACUCUACCACAGAGCCUUAAAUUUCCCUACACACCCUUCUGCUACUAACUUAUACAAGAAACAAUCUCAGGUUCUUCUCUUUGUGUCUUCCAUAUGCACUACUGUGUUUAGCUAAGACAGUAUCUCCACUUUAUUACACAGCACAAGCAACAGGGAUCGGUAGGCAUUGGCAUAUACAUAUACGGUGCUUUGACUGCUGUCCCCCUAACUAACUCCAGAAGAUAAGCAGGCAACAACAAGAUUCAAUGACUUCUUUAUUGGAUGGGUCUUACAGGUUUGGCGAGAAUCUUAAGACGAUGAAGACCAUAGUUGGGUCUACAUUACCCGCUUUUACAGAGGAUGAGUCGAAACAAGAUUAAUUACAUGACAUUUUACGUUAACGAUAAGUCUUCUUUCUGAAACAAAAUCUCCAUGAUUUCAACAUAGACGUGGCUGUGGAACUGACCCGUAAGUUAUAUGAUAUUGUGGAAGAUUAAAGCUAAAAAUGUGGCUCAAUGAUUGCUUCAGUUUGCCUUGCAGUGUUUGGAAACACAUUUUCAAGAAUGAAUAUUCAAAUACACCAUGGAGUCAGUACUAUUGUAUACCAAAGAACACUACGGCAUAUUAAGUAUCUGAGGACACGACCAGACCUAGGUAUUGGCGUCGUUAUGUACAACUACAUAAAAGUGAAGGACGUAAAGGCGUCUCAACCAACUGCUGACAGUCUCCCAGAUCGAAUCAAUAAGGAGUGGAAGAUGGGGAAGAAGUCUUCAGAUAAGUUCAAUCCGAAUGUUGGUGGAGAGAGCCCAAGAGUAGGAGGCGAGAUAAACGACGAGGAAGCCCCUUUGAUUACGUCCCGUUUAUCUCAUAUUGGUCGGACGCAGCUUGGAAAUCACGCCGCUUAAGAUGCCUGGUAAAAACGCAUGAUAGAGAGGUUUUGCUUCCAAAUUCGUUGUUUUUUCUUUGCUACGUAAAAAGAAUCUCUGAAACCAAAAGAGAGGUGCAGCAGCAGCAGCAGCAUCCGAGACCGUGUGUCCUCUUGUGUCCUCUCAUUAAUUUAAUUUUUAUAUAUUUAUCAUGUUAAAUUUG